CUCGUAGCUUGUAGCUAACAUCGGAGCAGGGAAUCCCGGGAAGCGGUUCGUCCUCCGGUGAUAAGGACCAGGUAACACUGGGCACAGGGUGGAGACGGUGUGGUUAAGCGUUUUCUGCCUCGUAGUGCAGUCACUACGCGGCGUGCAGCCCCACCACACAGAGACGUCUGCUCUCUAAAACCCUCCGCCAUCUUCACCGGAACGUUCUGUGCUAAUUACAGGAACACCAUGGAAGAACAACCUUCAGACAUCGAGGUGACGGUGAAAACACUAGACUCCCAGAGCAGAACCUACACCGUCGGUUCUCAGCUGACAGUGAAAGAGUUUAAGGAGCACAUCGCCCCUUCAGUGGGCAUUCCUGUGGACAAGCAGCGGCUCAUCUAUCAGGGCAGAGUGCUGCAGGAUGAACGGACGCUGGCAGACUACAAUGUGGGUGGAAAAGUGAUCCACCUGGUGGAACGGGCCCCGCCUCCACCCUCCCAGGGCGGUUCGGGGUCCGGAGGAACGUCGGCAGACAGCGGGCCGUCCUCCUCCUCCCAGGGAACGUCCCAAGUGCCGCACGACCGCAACGCCAACAGCUACGUUAUGCUUGGAACCUUCAACCUCCCCGUCAACAUCAUGGACCCCCAGCAGAUACAGAUGACUGUCCAGCAGAUGGUGUCCGGAAUGGGGGAGAACGCCCGUAAUGCCAGAGUGACGACCAGCACCGGGAGCAACGGCUCCGUGAACGUUCACAUCGACAUGGACCAGCCGGUCCAGAGCGAGCCCAGGCUGCGGCUGGUGCUGGCCGAGAACCUGCUCCGAGACAUUCAGGACGUCGUCGGCAGGAUGGAGGGUCGAACCGCUGACUCAUCCUCCCAGACCGAAGCCACCGCCGCCGCCGCCGCCGCUCCCCCGCCUCCCUCAUCUUCAUCUACCACCUCCACUCCUUCCCCCUCCGCCCAGCCCAUGGACACCUCCCCUCCUCCAACUACGCCCCCACCUCCACCGCCCUCCUCUGCACAGCCUGAGGGACCAACCCCACAACCGGGACCAAGCCACCCCAGCCCGGCGGAGCUGGCUGAGAUGCUGUCUGAGCUGCGGAGGGUGGAGGAGAGGCUGCAGCCCUUCAUGCAGAGAGCUCACACCAUCCUGGAGACGGCCACCACCGCAGAGUACAGCAGCAACACGGAGAGGGAGGAGGACCAGAGGACGCUGGUCCAGAUCUGCGAGUGCCUGCGUUUGCUCGGCAACGCCCUGGUUGCUCUGAGCGACCUGCGGCUGAACCUCAUGAGCCCCGUUCCCCGCCACCUCCACGUGGUCCGCCCGUUCUCCCACUACUCCAGCCCCGUCACCCUGCCCGCAGCCAUGCAUCACCACAUCCCAGUGCAGAUGAACCUGGGCGCCACAGUGACUGUUGCAGCUAACAGCACUGAGGGACAAGCUCCGCCCACCCAGCCGACCAGCCCGCCGGAGCAGGCAGGUCAGGGACAGAGCUCUCCCUCACUGACUACCCCGUCCAAUCAGCAGGCUGGACAGGGACAGGCCGGCCCCCGGGUCAUCAGGAUCAGCCACCAGGCAGUCCCGGUGGUCAUGAUGCAGAUGAACACGGACGGUCCAGGAGGGAACCCUGCAGCAGGCGGACAGCAGGUACCUGGCCAACCAGGUGGCCUCCCCCCCGACUUCAUGAGAAACCUCAUGCAGCAGAUCAGCCAGUACGCCGCCGCUGUAGCCACCAGCGCCGCCACCGCCGCCACCACGGGCCAACCGGGCCCGCCGCAGCCCACCCCUCCCAGCGCCACGCCCACCUCCUCAGCCACCACCACCGGGCCCAACACGCCCACCACCACCCCCACUGCCCCCCCGCCUGCCUCCCAGGCCGGACCCCAGCAGCCCCAGGCCCGGGUCGUCUUCUCCCGGCCGCCAUUCGCCGCCAACCUGCCCCCUCCGGCCUUCGGGACUAGAGGGACCACCAUCAAUGUGCGGGCGGCCAUGCCGGGCCAGCAGCCGGGACAGGCUUUCAACCCUGCUGCUCUCAACCAGAUGAUCAGCGGCCUGGUUGGACAGCUGCUGAUGCCGGGGCAGAUGGCUGGACAAACCGUCACGUCCUCCUCCACCUCCACCUCCUCUUCCUCUUCCUUCUCCUUCUCCACCUCGGGUCCAAAUCCCCCGUCCACGGCGAGCGCUGCGUCCGCCCAGAACCCGCCCGACACCAACGCCGGCGAGCCCCAGGACCUGGCGCCGGACCUGCGGCAGCUCCUCGGGUCUCUCCUGGGUGUAGCCGGCGGGCCCGGUGCCGGUCCUGCCGGGGCCCCUUCCAUCACCGUCACCACCUCUGGGGUCCCGGCGUUCAUCCAGGGGGUGACGGACUUCAUGCAGCAGGCCUCCCAGCCCAUCUUCUCCCCCCCGCCGCCCGCCUCCGGCACCGCGCAGGCUCCCGGGGCCGGACCCAACCCGGCGGCGAACCCGGCGGCGGCAGCAGAGUCCCUCAACCCAGAGCUGUUCACAGGCAUCGUCCGCGGCGUCCUCAGCACCAUGAUGGGCUCUCUGGGCCAGGCGCAGAACGACACCGAGAGCAUCGCCCAGUUCAUGCAGCGGCUGUCUCAGGCCACCAACAUCUUCUUCAGUCCUGAGGACCCAACAGGGUUCUUCGGAGAGCUGCUGAUGCUGGUGUGCCAGACGUUCACCAUGUCCGACCUGGUGAUGCUGCUCCACGGCCAGCACCAGCCGCUCAGCCGCAUCCAGCCUCAGCUGUCGCAGUUCUUCACCCAGAACUACCUCAACGGCCGAGAGCCCACCGACCAGAACAUCGCUACUGCUGCUGAGUCUCUCGUCAACGAGCUUGAGGAGUACAUCACAGAGAGCUUUAGAGAAUCCUCCGUCACGGUUCUGGACGGCGUCGACGCCACCCAGACGAACAUGGCGUUCUUCAGGCAGCAGCUGACACAGAUCGCCACGCACAUCCUGCGCUGCACAGAUGACACGUUCGGACCCAGGCUGCUGCAGAUGUGCAACCAGGCGCUGUUUGAGUGUCUCGCCCUCAACCUGCACUGCCUGAGAGGAGACCAGCGAGCUCUGACGGCCGUCAUCAACCACAGGAUACGCCGCAUGUCGAGCGACAUCAGCCCCAGUUUGGUGAACUGGAUGACCAGCAUGAUGACCAUGAGGCUGCAGGUCAUUCUGGAGCACAUCCCCGUCUCCCAGGAGCAGAUCCAGAACUACAUCGUUUACUCCCAGAGGGAUCCGAGCUCUGCGAGCGGCGCGCAGGAGGCUCCGACCGCGCCGAUCGGAGACACGCUCUCACCUGCUGCGGCCACCACGGCGGAGGAGGCCAUGUCCGUGUCCCACAGCACCCCCGCCGCGUCGUCACGGGAGCCCAGAGCGUUGCCGGGAGACCUGGGAGCCUCGGGCGGAGCCGCGCCACUAGGGGGCGACGUGGCGGCGGCGGGAGCCGAGGGCGGCAGCGAGGAGUCGGAGAGCUGGGCUGCUGCCGUGCCGCCGGAAUGGGUUCCCAUCAUCCGGUGUGACAUGAUGACUCAGAGGAAGAUGAAGGCUCAGCCGCCGCUGUCAGACGCCUACCUACACGGCAUGCCGGCCAAACGCAGGAAGACGGGCCAGGGCAGCGGCAGCCUCCUCUCCCUCUCAGACGCCGUCAGCCAGGCGGCGAGGAACGCAGGAGUCCGGCCCGUCACCUCGGCCGAGCAGCUGCAGGCCGACCUGGAGACGCAGGAGGUGAAGGAGGCGUACUCGGAGCAGGUCAAAGCGGACGUGAAGAAGCGAGUGAGGGAAGACCCGGAGUUCAACCCGCAGCAGUUCCCCAACGCGCACAGAGCGUUCUCCCCGGACUCCUAACCGCCUCCACGCAGCAGAGCAGCGCCGCCGUUCCUUUGCUUUUAUUUUUCCUUCCUGUGGGUCAGCAGCAGCAGCAGCCGCCCAGAGAGCCGCUGUCAGGAAGAACCGGCGAGAUUUCUGAUGUUUUCAGCCGAUCGGGUCCGAUUCCACCUCCAGAAGCUUUUCAGCCAACAGAGAAGCAGGCGGCUCCUUUAAGGAAGGCUUUUAGCUGCAAGCAGGAAGGUUCUGGUAGGAUCCAAGCAAGGAAUCAUGGUGAACUGAUCUUUGGCAGACUUUGGAUCUCCUGCAUUUAUUCUCUGUUGGUCCAAAAGCCUCUGGACGAGUGCUGCUCACGGCGUUUCUUUAGUUAUGUGACGAAAUCUGCUGGAAAGGUUUGAGAAAACGCUGAGAGAGCGAAUUCAUUCUCUGCAUUUUCAGAUUUAUCGACACGCUCAGAUAGAAGUAGCUUUCAGAGACUCAGAGGGGAGGAUGCAGGCUGACUUAUCUGACGUUUGUUUUAUAAAACAGCACAACUGAUCAUUUGAUGAGGAAUCUGAAUAAAUGAGUUAAAAACCUUCCUGAACACGCAUAGAGACGCGUAAUCCAUGCACGACCCGAUUCUGGUUGGUUUCGUUUCGGCUCUCAGACGCGGUCAACGUCUAAAACACGCUUAUUCAAAGAAAUAAAACCAAGUUGAGUCCCCAGAUGGAGUCUGUGCAACACGUCGACUAACGGGGGAGUUAUUCAAGCAGCGCUACGGGAUCAUUUUUCCAAUCCUCCACUAAUAAACUACAAAGCUAUUCUGAGAAUCCUCUAGAAUCUGCAUUUUUCUGGAUAAUUAACACGUCUUCCCCGUUCCUAUUUAUUGCUUCGCGCUCCAACCACAUCAAAAAAACACGUUAACUUCUUUAUUUUUCCUUCCUGUCUGAAUUCUUGAGCUGCUUUAUUACUUUUAGGAACACGAAUCAUCAUCUUAUAUCUGUUAAGUUUUUUUCUUAAUGUGCUCGAACACAGAGGAAUUUCCUGGGAUGCUGUUUGGUAUAUAAAUGUACAGGAAACCUAAUAAAAAUCUUCAUUUAAACACACAA